UACAAAGUGACGGUCUAAACCCUAGCAGGACUUUACGCGAGCUUUCCGAAAGCUUCAAUUUUUUUUCAGUGACAACACAAGUUCCAAGUAAUAAUGUGACGUAAAGCUUCGUGAAAAGCGUAAAAAAUCAGUUGAAGAAACUUUUUUAAUAAGUGUCUCGAGUGGUUAAUGCCAAACGAACUAAUAACUAUGGCGAUGAUUCGAAUUGUGAUAUUGUUCUGCGUUGGCGUUUUGCUUACUUUGGCUCAUAGUAAGAUAGAUACGAAAGAAAAAGAAGAUACCCGCAGCACAUCAUCAGCCGUGGUCGUGACUCAAGACAUGGAAGCUGUCGAAGGCAAAAGUGUUAGUUUACCAUGUGAUGUGACGCCACCGAAUAAUCAUGAUAAAGUAUACAUGGUCUUCUGGUUCCAGCAGGGUUCAGGGUAUCCUAUAUACAGCUUCGAUGUUCGUGGCAAGCCUCUGUCCAGAGCGAGUCAUUGGUCCGCACCGGAUCUGUUCGGCUCUAGAGCCUACUUCCGGACGGUGUCUGAACCCGCACAGCUCGUCAUUGACGACAUCCGGCGUCACGACGAAGGCGUCUACCGAUGCAGAGUGGACUUCCGCAAUGCACAGACCCGCAGCUUCCGAUAUAAUCUCACCGUCAUUGUUCCGCCGGAACAGCCCACGAUCUUGGACAAGUGGGGCCGUCAGCUGAACGGCACUGUGGGACCACAUGAAGAGGGCGAUGACAUAACUCUGACUUGUAGGACAGUCGGGGGGCAUCCUCAGCCCACUGUGCGUUGGUUGGUAAACGCGGAAAUGGUCGACGACCAGUCGGAACAUAACGCAGGGGACGUCAUCGAGAACAGACUAGUAAAGACUUCAAUUUCAAGAAAGGAUUUGGAUGCUAUCUUUACGUGUCAGGCUGUCAACACGGUUCUCACUGAGCCCAAAGUGGCCUCGGUCGUGCUGGAUUUGCUACUCAAGCCUUUAACGGUCCGAAUCUUGAAAACGGUGAGUCCUUUAGUGGCCGACAAGCGCUAUGAAGUCACCUGCGAGUCUGCAGGAUCUCGUCCACCGGCAAUCAUCACCUGGUAUAAAGGCAAACGCCCACUUCGCAAGUCAAAGCAAGAAACGCGAGAAAAUGUAACAAUAAGUGAGUUAACUUUCAUUCCGACGACCGAGGACGAUGGAAAAUCCAUAACAUGCAGAGCUGAAAAUCCCAACGUCACAGGGCUCUUUCUCGAAACAUCGUGGAAAAUUGACGUCGUUUACCCCCCGCAAGUGUCGCUCCAUUUGGGGAGCACGCUUAAUGCUGAUGACAUCAAGGAAGGCGACGACGUCUACUUCGAGUGUCGAGUUACUGCCAACCCCCAGUGGAGGAAACUUACUUGGCUGCACGACGGCUUCGUACUUAACCACAACAUGUCUGGUCGCAUCAUCCACAGCAACCAAAGUUUAGUUCUCCAAAAGGUAACCAGACAAAGUGCCGGCCGAUAUAUCUGCUCGGUGGUGAACAGCGAAGGAGAGACGCUCAGCAACGAGCUUAACUUUCGGGUACAAUACGCUCCAACUUGCAAAUUUGAUAAAUUUCUUGUGGUGGGAGCUUCCAGAGGCGAAAGUGUCGAUAUUGUUUGCGACAUCGAGUCGGAUCCUCCUGCUACGAGCUACCGGUGGAAAUUUAACAACUCUGGGGAAACGCUCGACGUUGCUGCAGAACGCUUUGCCAAGACCAGUAAUGGAACAGUGAGCGUUCUUAGGUAUACGCCAGUUUCUGAACUCGAUUACGGGUCAUUAUCGUGCUGGGCCAUCAACGCGGUCGGCCAUCAAGUUAAUCCCUGCGUUUUCCAAGUUGUUGCAGCAGGCAAGCCGUUUCCCGUACGAAACUGCUCUUUGUCUAACCAAACGAGCAGUUCGGUGGAGGUGACAUGUCUCGCUGGCUUUGACGGCGGUCUUCCGCAACACUUUCUUCUGGAGUUGUACACGACAAACUCGCUCGUCCCGCGUUACAACAUGACGUCGUUCCGAGACCCGGAGUUCUUCCUCGACAAUUUAGAGCCAGAUGUUACUUUCCGAAUUGUUGUUUUCUCCGUCAACGCAAAAGGACGGAGCCAGGGGGUGGUUCUGGAAGAAGUCACCUUCACUGACGCCGAAAAGCGGACAGCCUCGGACGGCGACCUGCCCUUCUCUCCCAUCUUGGGGAUCUUAAUCGGUGCCACCCUUACCAUAAUCAUUGUCAUCCUCGUGGUGAUAAUUAGAGUCCGGAGAUCUCAAAGCCAGCCCGAGGUUACAAUAGAGCAAAAAGUAUUAGGUGCUCCUCACCACAACACAAUGUCUUCUGCAAAGCCACUCCUGAGGAGCUCUUCUCCACGUGACACCGACGAGAAGGAUCCCGAUGUAAUUCCCGCUAAAUACGACUCUCCCGACGGAGAAACUGCCAGGAAUAUAGGACCGCUAAACGGUCCCCAAAAUCUUCCUCUGGGCUCCUUCGCAACAUCUCCGAAUUAUGCUCAGACAGCCGUUCCAGCCCCCCAAUGGGUCAGUCCCGUUGCUCCCACAACCGAGCCGAUGUAUCAUUUGUAUAAUAAUCCUGUGGCGAUGGUGGGCACGUUUUCUAGGGAUUCCAGGCCAAAGGAACUUCGUUUAGGAAACGGAAGCACGGCCACCCUUCAAAGAGCCACAGAUUUGGAGUUAAACGGAUUAGCCAUUAAAGAGAGACUGAUGGCAAACCGACUACCGGAAAGUUGUGUUUAAAACAAGUGUCUUUUGUAUUGUUUGGUUGUUCGCAAAAUUACUUUAAGGACCGUCCAAAGCGUUACGGCAGUGGCGAAGGGGACUGCAUUUAAUAAAAAAAAACACUACCAUUACUUUGCCAAAUUGUUGCCACCAGUAGCUUGAAACAUUAGUUGUCUAAACUGAUGCAGCUGCAUGUCUCAAAUUGCUUUAGACAAAUGGCCAAAAAUACUAGGUGAUUGUGCAAAAAUUCUAGGAGGUUACCUAUAGUAAAUACAGAUUUAAAGAUGUCAAAAUAACUCAACUCGCCUUAUCCAAAUGUUUACAGCAAUGUUUACAUUAAUCGGUGGCAUUUGCGAUUAUUACAUUCGCUCAUAUUUUCAAUAAAAAAAAUUUGCCUCUAUUAUUUUUUUCUUAUGAGGCCACUAUUUUCUGCAACCGUUUCAGCUUUUUUUUGACUCUUUUUUACAACGCACUAGGUAAGUAUUAAAGAGCAAACGUCAGAGAUCAUAUUUUUUUAUAAUUCUUAUUGAUGAAAUUCAGAUAUUCGGAUAAGGUAAGUUGAGUUGUUUUUGCAUCUUUUGUCCUCUACUAUCACCUCUUAAAAUUUCUGCACUACUAUUAACAUCAUUAAUGCCAUUUCAACAUUACUGGUGGUAAUUUUUCAGAUUUUUGAAAACAAAACAUGUUCCUCGUUGCAUCCAACUUCCGCCAAAAUUCGCCAGCUGCCGUUGCAUAAAGAGUUAUCGUUUUCUAAAUGUAAAUUGUGUCUAAAGAUAGACUGACUUAUAGCCAAGUUAAGUGUUCGUGUUAUCGGUGAAAGAGUGGACACCUCAUACAGACAAUCGGUAGCUGAAAUCUAAGUAAAUUUCUAAUGAAGACUUGUAAAUAUCAUUGUUGCAUAUCGUGAAGAUGGUUGGCUGUUUUGUAACCAGUAACUGAAUGCUUUUUGAUAAAAAUUAAAAUUAAUAUACGAAAUAAGUGAAACGAAUUUGAUUAUCUAGAGUGUUCUAUUGCUCACAUUUUGCUAGAAAGUUUAUCUCUAUCACUAAUUUAUUUAAGUACUUUUAUUUGCCAAAACUGGCUCGUCUUCCAUGUCCCUAUGAUUUAAUUUCGAGUAGAAUCGGACAAUGUGAACAAUAAAACUGCAAUGAGGAUGAACAAGGAAUAAGUGUUCUGUUACUUUUAAGAUAAACUUGAUUCGUUUCUGUAUACAUGUAGAUAUUAAAAACUUUAAGUGCAUAUCGUUACUUCAUAUCUUUUAAUAAAUUUUCGAAUCGGUUAUUUUUUGGAUGCACUUGUUGCUAUUGUACUGUUUAAGAUAGUCAUAAGUAAAUAUUGUGAUAUUUUAUGUAGGCUAAAACCCAUGUAUUUAGGAAACAUAUUGUAGAAAAACCGAUAAUAAAUGUAUAAAACAUUAA